AUGUCUGACAAGACCGAGAACCAAACCUCAGCGCUUGCUGAUGCACACAGAGGGCGUCUAGAGGAAAACCCGGGCACUGGGCUAUUAAAUGUGAAGGAAGAGGAUGAGACAGAUGACAGGAAUAGUCAUCAGACUAAAAUACAUUGGUCCCUCCCUGCCGGGCAUCUAGAGGAAAACCCGGGCACUGGGCUAUUAAAUGUGAAGGAAGAGGAUGAGACAGAUGACAUGAAUAGUCAUCAGACUGAAAUACAUUGGUCCCUCCCUGACGAUGAAGAUAACGCUGAUAUAGUGAAAGUUGAGAUAACAGAAGCGCAAGAUGUGGAAACCAGAGACGGUAUCAGCCCAGGUGAUGUUAAGGCUGAAGUUACACUUAAUGCUGAACAGACUAAUCAUCUGGAAGUUGUGAAGCAGGAAAUCAGUGACACUAUCAGUACAGGUGAAUUUGCAAACUGCAGUAAUCCUAGUCAUGUUGAAACUACAGAUACUUAUUUUAAUCUUCUUCAAAAUCAAAGAAGCAACGUGGGACAUUUAUGCUCUGAAUGUGGGAAAUGUUUUGCUUGGAAAUCAUCUCUGUUUAAUCAUCAGAAAAUUCAUACUGGAGAGAAAGCAUUUUCAUGCUCUGAAUGUGGGAAAUGGUUUGCUAGGAAAGCGCAUCUUAUUACACAUCAGAAAGUUCAUACAGGAGAGAAAGCAUUUUCAUGUUCUGAAUGUGGGAAAUGUUUUUCUCAGAAAUCAUCUCUUAUUACGCAUCAGAAAAUUCAUACAGGAGAGAAAGCAUUUUCAUGUUCUGAAUGUGGAAAGUGUUUUGCUGAGAAAUCAACUCUUAUUAAGCAUCAGAAAAUUCAUACAGGAGAGAAAGGAUUUUCAUGUUCUGAAUGUGGGAAAUGUUUUGCUGAGAAAUCAACUCUUAUUAUGCAUCAGAAAAUUCAUACAGGAGAGAAAGCUUUUUCAUGUUCUGAAUGUGGGAAAUGUUUUGUUCUGAAAUCACAUCUUUUUAGACAUCAGAAAAUUCAUACAGGAGAGAAAGCAUUUUCAUGUUCUAAAUGUGGGAAAUGUUUUGCUCAGAAAACACAUCUUAUUACACAUCACAAAAUUCAUACAGGAGAGAAAACAUUUUCAUGUUCUGAAUGUGGGAAAUGGUUUGUUCUGAAAUCAUAUCUUCGUAGACAUCAGAAAAUUCAUACAGGAGAGAAAGCAUUUUCAUGUUCUGAAUGUGGGAAAUGUUUUGCUCAGAAAACACAUCUUAUUGCACAUCAAAUUAUUCAUACGGGAGAGAAAGCAUUUUCAUGUUCUGAAUGUGGGAAAUGUUUUCAUCUGAAAUCACAUCUUUUUAGACAUCAGAAAAUCCAUACAGGAGAAAAAGCAUUUUCAUGUUCUGAAUGUGGGAAAUGUUUUGUUCUGAAAUCACAUCUUUUUAGACAUCAAAAAAUUCAUACUGGAGAGAAAGCAUUUUCAUGUUCUGAAUGUGGGAAAUGUUUUCCUGAGAAAUCAACUCUUAUUACACAUCAAAAAACUCAUACAGGAGAGAAAGCAUUUUCAUGUGCUGAAUGUGGAAAGUGUUUUGCUCUGAAAUCAUAUCUUAGUAAACAUCAGACACGUCAUACAGGAGAGAAAGCCUUCCCAUAUUCUGAAUGUGGGAAAUGUUUUACUGAUAAAUCAAAUCUUAUUAGACAUAAAAAAAAUCAUACAGGAGAGAAAGUAUUUUCAUGUUCUGAAUGUGGGAAAUGUUUUGCUCAGAAAUCAACUCUUAUUAAGCAUCAGCAAAUGCAUACAGGAGAGAAAGCAUUUUCAUGUGAAGAAAAAAUGUUUACUUAAAAGGUAAUGGUAAGAGGGGCGCUUAAUACAUAA